CUCGUUUUGUAGGUGUUUUUGUUUUGGGUUUGCUUUUUUUUUUUUUUUUUUUUCCCAAAUCAUCCACACUCUGUUUCCAAACACCCACACACCUGUGCCUCAAGACCUUGCGCUGUAGCUUGUUGCUCUUGUUGUGCCGCUUCCUCGAACAAAAAAAGCAGCGUCACCCGCCAAAGUGUGAGCCAGUUUGGAAAGGGCGAAUUCGCAUAGCAAAAGCGCAGCGCGUGCGACCCUCAAAAGCGCGCAGAACAAACAACAAAAAAUGCAAACACCCUUCUUUGCCAAACCAUUGGCCACUGCUUGCCUCGUCGUCGCUCUGCUGUCAAUGCCGUGCCUCGUUACCUGCGCACCAGUCGUCCAGCAAGACGUUGCUCUUGGCGCGAGCGGCCCGAGCGGCAGUGACCUCGCCAAUCAGCCUGUGCUAUGCGACGACUCGAAACUGUGUCAGACCAAGCCCGCAUCGUUCGCACGGCUUGCUCCGGCGACAGCAAACGUCCUCGCAGCCAUGAUUGCGCGCAUCUUCUCUGGCUCUCAAGAACAUCCUGCGGCGGCUGCCGGUAGUGCUUCCGCUGCCGCCGGUGAAGCAAACCCGGUCGUCGGUGGGCUGCGCAGGCAGGCAGAGGUGCGAGAUUUCGCCAGGCCCGACCCAAAUUUGAUUGCUACCCAAAUGGGAUCUCUCCCCACGACCUCGACCUCGACCGUGGUGGUUGGCGUUGUGAUUGCGCUGUGCGUCGUCUCCUCGUUAUUGUGGAUGUGUGCCAAUCACAAAGGCAGCAGCAAAGAGAGCGAGGCGGGCGACGCUCAUGCCAACGUCAACCACUCGCCGAAAAAUGGCAGCCCGAAAAAUGGCAGCCCGAAAUCGACAAUCCCACAACAACAACCACAGGGCGAUAGACGCUUGUCUGUCAGUUCGAGUCAGCAGCGCCGCGCGUCGCACUCGAGUGUGAGCAGCAACGCUCCCAACAUUCGAGCGACACGCCCAGCCGCCGUCGACAGCCCCGCCAUGGCAAGUCUGCUCCAAGCCCAUCCUCCAGCAGAUGCGCAGAGCAUUUCAUCUUUAAACCUUCCAAACCGCGGCGAUGGCAACCUGUCUGCCUCGUAUCUGUCACCGGGAGCCUUCUUCGAGCAGCCUGGAAGCUAUGGAUCAACGGAACUGAACCGGGGCCGUCGUCCAAGCGACGCAACCGUCCUGUCCGAGCUUUCUUUCAAUCGUCGCAGUCAGUACGCUGAUGUGAUGCCGACUGGCAACGAAAAACCGAACGAAAAACCGAUGGAGCAUGAAGACACCACGCCAACCCUGCUCGAGAGCGUAGUCCGACGCAUGCCAGACCUCGCUCGACAUGCGCCGGAAGCUCGUCCCAUCCAAUACGUUGUGCUCGAGCUGCCCGUGCCACCGCCAGCAGCCGCAAGUCGGAAAAGCUCGGCCUCUGCAGAUGCAGCGCCGAUGACGCUCUCCUCGCUUCCAGUGCCAGCCGUUCCCGGGUCCGAGUCCAAACCGUAUCAAUCCGGUGCGAGCGUUUACGGCGCACGCCGUCCCAAGAGCGUUUCCGCCGCAGACUGACUUUUUUUUAUUGAACAGGCUUGCAAAAUUGCAACUUGUUGAUCGUCCAUUUGUUGACUCUGUGUUGGUGUCUCGCGUGUGUGAAUACAUUUUAUUACGUCGCAAA